UCUCUCCCCUUAAAAAAAAAAAAAAAGAAAAAACUUAGAACGGUUACACCCUUCAACCCGUUUUUCUUUUUUUUUUCUUUUUUCACUUGCUUGUUUGUGUAAUUUUUUUUUUAUGUGGGUAUUUUUUUAUUUUGUCAUAUAAUAAAUAAAAUAUUUUUGCCUUCAGUGGUUGGUUGUGUAUAUAAUUAUCUCUCCCUCUUGUGUUUCUCUCUCUAAGAGAGGAGUCAAAAUUCGACCAUCCAAGUCGGUUUGCAGCUGGUUUUCUCUCAGUUUGUUAGAGAAUUUUUAGAUUGGUGGAUCGACUUUGCAGUUUGUGGGAUAUUGAAAGCAGUUUGGUUUUUGUUAAUAGGGAGGUAUUGAGGUUCUCUUUUUUCUAUCUUGGCCUGCAGAAGUGGUCGAUGUUGACUUGUAGAAGAAGAAGUUGAGGUGUGGUUUAAUUAUAUGGAUAAUCUAUGCUGCUUCAAUUCUGUCUAUUAUCAGGUUGUUGGAGGACGGUCUUCAUGUAGCUCUGGCAAGGGCAGGAGCCAUCAGAGUCCAGUAAAAUAUGGCUUCAGCCUAGUUAAAGGGAAAGCAAAUCACCCCAUGGAAGAUUAUCAUGUUGCUAAAUUUGUUCAGCUCCAAAAACACGAACUUGGACUUUUUGCAAUAUAUGAUGGACAUUUGGGAGAUAGUGUACCUGCCUAUCUACAGAAGAAUCUGUUUUCUAAUAUCUUAAAGGAUGAAGACUUCUGGACUGAUCCCAACAGAUCAAUUUCUAAAGCCUAUGAGAAAACAGAUGAGGCAAUUCUCUCACACAAUCCUGACUUGGGAAGAGGGGGAUCUACUGCGGUUACUGCAAUUCUGAUAGAUGGCUGUAAAUUGUGGAUUGCCAAUGUUGGAGAUUCACGGGCAGUUCUUUCAAGGAGAGGGCAGGCUGUACAGAUGACCACUGAUCAUGAACCCAAUACUGAAAGGGGCAGCAUUGAGAACAGAGGAGGUUUCGUAUCAAACAUGCCAGGAGAUGUUGCGAGAGUCAAUGGCCAGCUGGCAGUGUCUCGAGCAUUUGGAGACAAGAACCUUAAAAAUCACUUGCGAUCUGAUCCUGACAUACAAAAUGCUGAUAUUGGCCCUGAUACUGAUCUUCUCAUCCUUGCGAGCGAUGGUCUAUGGAAGGUCAUGUCAAAUCAAGAGGCAGUUGAUUUAGCAAGAAAGUCAAAAGAUCCGCAAAGGGCAGCGAAGCAAUUAGCAGCUGAGGCAUUAAACAGAGACAGUAAGGAUGACAUCUCCUGCAUUGUAGUUCGUUUCAAGGGCUGAAACAAAAGCAAAAAAGAAAAAAACAAAAGCAUACAACUCACGAUUGGGAUUUGUUUAUCCUGUGAUUUUAUUGCAUAGGAUGUAGUGAUACGUGCCUACCGUAGUUUGGAUAUCUCAUAAGAUUGAGCAUAUGUUUAAAAUUUGCUUGGAAUAGGUUCUCUCUCUCUGUCUCUCUCUCUCCUUGUUGUAAAAUGUUAGUUGUUGCAUUUAGGUUGUGCGAUUCUAUAUUGCUUGAUUUCUUUGAUGUGUAGAUACAUACCAUCAUUUGUCUUUGUAAUUUUUGCAUUGUGACUUCAGAGUAAUAUGGAGCCAACCAUGAUUAUCGAUUAUAAUUAUCGUGUGUAAUGAAUGCGUGUACCGAGAAUAAUUACCUUCUACUUGGAUUAGGAGAAUGAAAGCUUAUCUAAUAAUUACCUUAUGUUA